AUGUCAGCGGCGGAUGUGACUCGAGCGGCGUUCGCUUCUGGUUUAUCACCAUUAACAUGGGGUAGACUUGUGCGCUCUGCCACAGGAGGAGCACCAUACCAUGGCGCACUGUAUGGACCAGAAAUCUGCAGUACGCUGCUUGACCUUGUCGCCCAAUAUCCUUCUUCUCCUCUGCUUCAAUCCUAUCUCUGUCUAUCUCUUGGACUACCACCUACUACUGAGCUCAGUCCACACACUCCUGCGCCUCCUGCAUUACCCACUGCUCCCUUGGUGCCGCUCUAUGUCUACCUCUCCUCUGUCCUGGCAUCGGUCGGUCGGUUCCCUUCGCCCAUUCCUGUCCAACUCGCAGAACCUCUAUGUCGUCUCGCACUCCUCACUCACACGACCUACAACUCUCCCCUCCUCCCUCCAGCCGCGUCCCCUCUCCCCCUCAUCCCACAAUUCGUCAUCCUCCUCUCCUCACUCUCCCAUUCAUCCCUCUCCGCACCCCCUACCGCAGCUCCCGAACUCCUGCUACACACCCUAUCCCUCCUCCAGGCACAGCAUCAGAUCCCCCUCCUCACCCCUUCCGAAAAACAGGCCAUCCUGCACUCUAUCGAUGCUUCCCAAACUUUCCAGGACGUGUUCACCAUCGCUUACAAGGGGCUUGUUCGCGUGAGGGAGCUGAUAAGGAUCAUGGACCUGGGAGAAGGGGGGAUGUGGGGCCCUAUGACAGGGGUUGGAGUAGGCGUGGAACCUGUAGUAGUAGACAGAGAAGGGGAGGAACCGAGUUUGCCCUUGAUGUCACUGGUGUUGGCUAGUCUUGUCGAAAACCGCACAACACCAUUCGGCGCCUCCUCCCACCUCUCCUCCCGCUCCCAGCUCCUCCCCCCCUCCCCCUCCUCCCAGCUCUACCCCUCCCUCCUCCAAGCCUCUAUCUCCCUGAUCGUCCUGCACCCGUACCCCCCAAGUGUGAAAGAAGGACAUCCCUCAGAGAGUGCAUAUUGUCAGGCUGUCAUAUGGAGGUCGUUUAUCCUUUCCCGUUUGCCGGCUUUGCUUUGCCCACUUCCGGAAUCCACUACCGUAACCGCAACGACCACGACCAACGCCGGGGAGCCCACCACCGAAGCAGGGCCAUUCGAACAAGCCCUCACAGCCCUUUUCACAGACUGGAAAUCCCAGCUGGAUCAAUGUAACCCUCCUCCCCCAGUUCCCGGUGUGGGCGCUGGGAGCGGGGCCUUCGGCUCUGACGGGGUGGACGAAGAAGCUCGACCCCCUUCAUUCCGCAUCGACCUCCUCCGAUCGCUCACCAGUCACUCCCUCCUCCCCCCAGCAUCAGCAGCGCUCAUCUGCCCUUCGUACACUUCUGCCGACCCGCCCCUCUCUAUAGAAGCAGCGGAAAACAUGCUCACACCUCAAGAGUACAUCGAGGACCGCCUUUCCUCCGCGUCGGAGGACGCGCUCGCCUUCCUAACCCGGAUGGAAGGGGACUGGGCUGCCCAUCCGCUCCUGGCCUCCUGGUUCAGGGAUAGGCUGGCCAGUGCCUCCGAAUCGGGCAGUCUGGAUCAGCUAGCUGCCGCUUGCCGACUCCUCUGUGCCCAUAGGCUCGCACUGGACCUCCUCAGCCUAUGGAUCCCCGUUCAAGAGCUCGUCGACCUCGCCAGCUCAUUCCUCGACACCUUCGACUUGGAGACAGUUGACGACCCCCAGUCCGCCCUGUCCCUGUACGGAGAAAUCGUCCUUUUCUGCCAGUACACCUCGAGCAAAUACCAUCUCCCCCCUCCCAGCCCAAGCCCGGCAUGGCGUACCCAGCUCACGCCCUCCCUUCCCCGGCUAAACACGGACGAGUCGGCCCUCCUGUCCAAAUGGGUUAAAGCCCUCUUCUCCCCUAACGAGGGGAUCGAUGACCCCAUGCUGCGGAGCACUGACCCCGCGCUCCUACUAAGACUGACAACAACCGUCUUCCACCAAGCGCUCGUUGCGCGCUCUUUUGACCUGCUCGACUCCGAAACGCUGCAGAACGGCAUCGGGUACUUCCUCUCCUCCCUCCUCUCCUGGACACUGGUAGGAGUGAUCAACUACCUCACAGCGGAGGUAGAGCGCCAAGCGCCCUAUUCCUCCCUGCACUGGGACGUACUGCAGACGCUCGUCAUGUCAGAGAGCUGUCCGAGGGUGGUGCUGGUCGUUACGGGAGGGGCAGUCUUGAGGUUGUUGGGGAAUGGGAGGUUGAGAGCUUUGGACCCGCAAGGGGCGGGGGUAGGGGAAAGGGCUACGGAUGGAGGACCGGGAGGAGCGGGGGGACCGGGAGAGGGCCUGGGAGGGCUGAGGGAGGUCGUGGGCAGGCUGCUCUGUUUGGACCAAGAUCGGGAUCCCUUCACCGACCGGAGGCACACCCACACCCUCCCUUCCUGGUCCGACAACUGCCAAACCGCCAUCCGCGAAGCCUUCACCUCCGCGCACCUCAACCGCGCCACAACACUGGACGUCGAUGCCUACCUGUCCGUCCUCCGGCCUCCAGAGUUCGUGCAUAUCUUAUGGGACGCAUGUGUUUCCGGAGCGUCGAUGGGUGCCAUGGACGGAUGUCGGAUCGUCAGUUCGUUCCUGCUUAGUGGGCUUAGGUCGCCUGCUUCACCUCCUCUCCUGCCCUACUUCCUCCUAGUGUUCGUUCCCACAUUAUUGGUAGACCUGGACCGUCAGACCCCACCUCAGUCUACGACACUAGACACCCUAGUGACGAUCAUCACCUCCGCAUGUCAUCUUUCCUUCCAACUGGAGCGCUCAUUCCUCAAGCUAGCAGACGGAGCACUGCUCUCCCUCGAGCUGCGCAGUCGACUCCAGCCUCGGGUAUGGCUGAAUGCCCUCCUCGACCGGCUGGAAACCGCCCAAGGCCCGGCGAGCCGGCUGCUCGCUAAACGCCUACAUUUGGUCCUGAACGACUAG